ACAUACACAAACACAUCUGUAUACACAAGUAAGAAAGAGUGAGAAAUCCCACAUAACUAAGAUGCUUCACAUCCUCUUCCUCUUCCUACUCGCCAUCUCAUCCACUCAUGCAGCUGUCCAAGAUUUCUGCGUAGGAGAUCUCACAGCCCCAGAAGGCCCAGCUGGCUACUCUUGCAAGAAGCCCGCCAAAGUCACCGUCGCAGAUUUCGUAUUCUCCGGCCUCGGCGUGGCUGGCAAUACGUCGAACAUCAUCAAGGCAGCAGUGACUCCAGCAUUCGCAGCCCAAUUCCCAGGCGUGAACGGUCUAGGAAUCUCGAUAGCACGGUUGGAUAUGGCCGUAGGUGGGGUGAUUCCACUCCACACACACCCAGGUGGAUCGGAGAUCCUGGUUGUAGCUCAGGGCUCGAUCACAGCAGGGUUCAUCUCAUCAGCGAAUGCCGUCUACUACAAGACUCUUAAGAAAGGAGAUAUCAUGGUUUUCCCACAAGGGUUAUUGCAUUUUCAAUUGAAUGCCGGUGGUAUACCUGCGAUUGCUUUCGUUAGCUUCAGUAGCCCGAGUCCAGGCCUCCAGAUUACUGCCUUUGCUUUGUUCGGGAACAAUCUCCCUUCAGCUUUGGUGGAGAAGACUACUUUCCUCGACGACGCUCAGGUGAAGAAGCUCAAGGCCGUUCUUGGUGGGACCGGCUAAUCCUACUGUGAUCUGGGUCUUCUUCUUUUUUCUUUUUCUUUUUCAAUUUCUACUGUUGUUUUCUCUCUGUAAUAUGCUUUUACAGAGGUGUGUGGGUAGGAAUUUUCUGAUUAAUGGUAGAUGUAUCUUGAUCUUUCUCUAUAAUAUGUUUUUACUAGUGUUUAAGGUUGGAUUA